UUAUUAUCUGUAGGUGUAGGAGCUCUGAAGUUUCUCCAGGAUCCUCCACAACUCCAGGCAUCUCAUGUUGGCUGGAGUGUUGACUACAAUUGCACAACAGAUGACCCAAAUGCUACAGUGUCACUUCUACAGUCUAAGGAUUAUGGGUUUUCUUAUAAUGUGUUUCCAGUCACACCAAACAAACUUCUUUUGAGGGAACAAGUGUUCAGCAUAGUAAACCUUGUUCUUUCGGAUGGCGCAUACUAUAAAUGCAAGGCAACGGACCAGUCAGGUCAAACUAUUGAAUGGGACAGUGGUUCAAUGUUAUUUGUACAAGCAGGUCUGUAAGAAUAUUUGGAGUAAAUAGGCACUCAUGUAAAUCAUGUAGUUAAAACCCCCAGGGGGGUACUCCCUGUAAUGGUUUAUGCAGAGAGGCUCCACCUGAAAAGGGUACCUUUUUCAAAAAUUAAUAAUUUUUUAAUUUGCUAUGGUGGCGAUUUACAUUCUCUACAUAACAGUUAAAAUUUAUAAAUUGUAUCUAUGGUAGGUAAACCUGAUAAAAAGAAAAAAAUGCUAACAAAAAUACAUAAAUAAAUGACAAUAAAAUAAAUAAUAUUUAAAACUACCUAAAAGCUAAUCUAAAAAGACAGGAUCUGAAGUUGUGACCAGCUGGUCGCCAAUGCAACUGAAAAUUUACAUUUGUUGUAGUGUUGGUGAUAUAGGGUUUUUUUUUUUUGAAAAAUUCUGAACUUUUAAAGGCUCAGGAAAUUAUAAUUAAUUUGGACAGAACAUGCAUGUAUGUGAAAUUAGUUUCAAAAUGGUGGCAUUUUUCUGAUAAAAUGUGGUUUUUACAUGUACAUACAAUAAUCUUUUAAUGCUUUUCAGCCAGCAAAUUAACUGGUAACUGAUGUAAAUUAGUGGUAUUUUACAAGUGCUCGAGGAUAUGCAAACUAAAAAAGAUUAGCUUUUCCUUUUAUUUGUUGCUUUUGUUGAUGUUGAAUCAUGUCAAGGAAAGUAUUUUUCUUUGCAACAGACGUGAGUAAUUUUUUUAAUUCAAAAGUGAUAAAUUAUAUGUCAACUUGCAACUUAUCAAAUUACAUAAAGAGCAAAUUAAAUAUUUGGCUUUGACUUUUGAAUGAUCAAAAUAAGAAUUCGCAACAUCCGCUGAAACCAUUCAGAAUUCCGGCAAGACUCUUGUCUUUCAUGAACAAGGCUUUCCCAAUCCGAGGCUCUUGCUCUGUGGCAAAAGUCUCUCAAGUUAUUUGUAAAUCUGAGGCCAUUUCCAUAGACAAGUAGAAGGUGAUUUCAUGUGAAAAAGUGAACCACUGGCUCCUAUUGAAAACCCUGUUUAAGCAGACCCUUAACCAAGGGAAUAUCAAACAUAAGCCCAUACAUGUAAACUGUUCUUGUUAUACAAUGUCAAGUGAAAAUUAAAAGAUACUUCUAGAUUAUAAAUCAGAACGUAACGUAACAAAACAUAGCCUAAAUAGAGCAGGCAUUUUACUGUUUUAAGAAGAAAAGCUGCAUCACGUUAGCCUGUGCCAAUCAACAUCAGCCUCCACUAGUAAACUAUACUCCUACAACACGUCAAUAGGAAAUCCGAAAUUCAAUGUUUCGGACGCCCGUGGAUGGCUUUAUUCCCGACUUUUUAAGGGCUCAAAACAUGGUUCGAGUUAUCGAGGGUAAAAUUAUAUAGAACAUAACUUGAGGGGAAACGAAAAUUGGUUCGAGUUAGCGGGAGUUCGAGUUACCGAGGGUUCAAGUUACCGAGGGUAAAAUUACAGUGAAUGUAUGACGGAAAUCCGGGGGGAAUCGAUUUUGGUUCGAGUUAGCGCGAGGUUCGAGUUAGCGAGGGUUCGAGUUAUCGGGAGUCGACUGUAUCUCCCAGAUGCUAAGUGACAUUCUGAUGAGUGUCCCAAGCUCCCUUCAUCCUAGUUGACAGGGAGGGCGUGACACUAUUUCCAUGAAAAUGCAUUUACCUUCCCAUUUGCCCAAUGUGUACUUCACUGCAUUCACAAGGAAUCUUAUAUGCUACUCCAUCUUGUUAACCUUUUGCAAGUACAUUGUAUAGCUGUUAACACAACAUAAAUAACUUCAGACCUGAUUUGAGUAACCCUGUUAUAUUUUCAGACUUUUUGUUAAACUCUUGAAUAAGCAGUGACAAUUUUGCAGAGACUAUGGUACACUGUAUGUAUUAAAGCCAGCAUGUAAAGUACUGCACAUAUUUUUUGCAGCUCAGUUACCCAGGCAUUUUGUGUUUAUACCAAACCAAUCAAUCUAUGUGCUGCAAGGGCAGAGUGGAGAAGUCACAUGUGAAGCUGAGGGCCCUUCAGUUUCUACCCUGAAGUGGGAAAAACAACAGGAUGAUAAAAAAUCAUAUGCCGCCAUCCCCAACAGCCAAGUUAACAUCACUAAAGAUCCAAACUAUGUGAGAGCAACCCUAAAGAUUACAAAUGCACAGUUUACAGACACUGGUACAUACAAAUGCACAGUAUCAGUUCCACCAAAUCUAUCAGAUUAUAAGCUGACAAAGAUAGAAGUCAAGGGU